AUGACAGAAGCUAAGGUAAAUGUGCCAUUCAAAUCUCAAACUGAAUCAAAGACCUUACCUGAAAAAAAACAGAAUAAUCUGAUCCAUGACCGUGUUUAUUUUCGUAAUAAGAUAGUGUGGGGAUAUUCUAAUCUAUAUAAAGAAUUUAGUAGUGAAAAAUUUGAUUAUUAUGGAAUUCAUGAGGGGUCAUUAUGCUCAAUGUGCAAACAAAGUCAUGAGGAAGGAAAAAGUAUAAAAGGUAGAUACGAAGCUGGAUCCUAUUUUAUUAAAUGUAAACAACAAGAAAUUGAAAUAACUGCGUUAUAUAAAGCAUAUAUGGAAGAGAUUGGACUCGAUCCUUGGAUAAAGUCUGAAACUUCUGAAUCCCUACAAAAUGAAAAUGCUGAUAAUCAUAUCAUACAAGACAUUUCGUUGGAAACUCAGGUAAUGGCACCAAACAAAAAUUGUCUUUAUCAGUAUGCUAUCAAACAUGGAAUAAAUCCCAAAGAAUUUUCGAUCAUUACAGAGGCUGAGAAAAAUAGAUGGGCCAUGGGAUGUUUUCGUGGAGAUUUGAAAAGAGAUAUACGUUUCUAUCGUGGUGGAAUAGAAAGAAAAGAAGAUCCUAGAAAAUAUCGUAAAUUUUUAACAGAUCGGGAUAGGCUAAUCAGAAAAGAGUUAUUACGUCACAGUAUAUUAAAGAGUGGUUUAAGUACUACAUGA